AUGCCUCGUGGUCGUGGUGUUAAACGAGGCCAACGUCAAACUUCAUCUUCUGUAGCACCACCUGUCGACUCUAAAAGUGCUAGAUAUACCUCGGCGAAUGCAGAUGAGGAGACAAGUGAGGCAGGAAAUAUAAAGGCACCUGAAGCAGGCGUUUCGGUUCCCUGUGAAAGAAAAAAGAGAAAAAAAGAACCUAAAGUCGAAAAUGAGGAAGAUGAUGAUGCGUCUGAGAAUUAUGAAUUUAAUAAUAGUGAAUCUGGGAAACGUGUAACGGAGGGUAAUGCCGACGCAGAGGAUGGCGAAAGUCAAAGUGCUGUAGAAGAAGCAGUUGAAGAGGAGACGGAUGAUAGACUAACGCCUGCUGAAAAAGCUUCACAAGUUUGUCGUCUCCCUGCUAAAGAACUUUGCACGGAAGAAACUUUAUUGUUUCCUUUCUUGGAAAGUUCUCCAAAUUCUUUACGACAGUCGUAUAUUAUUGUUCGCAAUUUUGCCUGCUUAAUGUGGUCCGAAGAUUCGUGUACACAAGUUACACCCAAUCGGUUAUUCACAUAUGUAGUUAAUAAUAUGUCCAUGGAGAAUCUAAAGGUAAUGAUCGACUCCGGACUGACUGCGCCUUUACCAUCACAACACCAAGGCUCGAAUUCGUCUGCUUCGUCUUUAUGCGAAGAGAAUUUGCAUAAUAAUUCAGGUCGCAAUAAAAAUCGCAGAAAACGUAAACGAUCCUUUCAGCGUCAUUUACCAACUUUGUCUUUACCAAAUAAUUAUUCACCCUGGGGAACAAGUAUUGCAAAAGCUAAUUUAGAACGAAUGUGCUAUUUAGUUGUUUUGUUUCUAGAAAGGUAUGGAUAUGUCAAUUUUGGUGUUUUUAAAAUUAUCUCUCCCCCGCUGACACAUGUGAGCACUUCUCGUUCAACUGCUAGUACUCAUACAACACCUAUAGAAACUGAAAAACCAGAGGUUCAUUUAACUCCUCGACGAGCUGCUGCAGAAAAAGCUUUAGCUGCAACACGACGUACCAGCGCUUCACCUAACAAUAGUGCAGUGACAAUUACCUCAUCAUCCUCCUCAUCAUCAUCAUCCUCAGCUCCGUCGUCAUCGUCUUCAUCAGUGCCCCAUUUUAUCAUAAUUGGUGCUGGGAUAUCUGGCUUGAUUGCAGCAAGACAACUGACCUAUUUCGGUGCAAAAGUUACCAUUUUUGAAUCUCGGGAUCGUGUUGGAGGUCGAAUAUGGACUUAUAGAAAGAAUGGAUGUCACGCUGAACUAGGCGCAAUGGUUGUUACAGGUUUAGCCGCUAAUCCUGUCACUGUAUUAGUUCGUCAACUGUCAUUAAAUCUCCUACCGAUCAAUACAGAAUGUUCAUUAUACGGUCCACAAGGUCAUCCAAUAAAUCAUGAUAUUGAUGAAGAAAUUGAAGAAGAAUUCAAUCGUCUUCUUGGUACAGCUGCUUAUAUUUGUCAUACUAAAGGAAUAGAUUCAAAAUGUCUUGAUUCUGGUGUUGAAAAACACUUCUCAUUAGGUCAUAUGGUUGAAACACUAAUUGCAUAUCAAGACAGGCAUGAAAGACAAUUGAUUAUCAGUCAUCGUAAAUUAUUGUGUCAAUUAUUAGAACGUAAAAAUCGUAUCCUAGAUCAGAUGGUCAUUGAACGUAAAAAUAUUGAAGCAGCUUUCGAUAAAUGGCAUACAGCAUCAAGUGAACUAAAGAAGCAAGAGAAGCAACAACUACAACAACAUUAUCAACAAUCUAAAACUAUUAGUAACAAUAAUAAUAAUAGUAAUACUAAUGAUACGAAACCACGUAUACGAUCUGAUCCUGCAUCAUGUUCACCGCGUUCAUCAAAUAAUACUGAAAUGGAUGGAGGCAAACAAACUUCUCCUAGUAGUGGUCGUGGUACUGAAUCGCCAGCUUCAUCGAAUGAAUCACGAAAAUUAGUCGAUAAAAAUUCUCAGUCAACUGAAACCUCUCAAUUGUGUAAAUCUCCAACAACGCAUGUGUUCAAUGUCAGUUCUCAUUUUGAAGUUCGUCAACUAUUGUGUCAACUGCAUAGAGCAUGGAAAAAAUUUCGACCAUUAGAAUUAGCGCUAGCAAGAAUCAAUAAACUAUUCGAUGUUUUAUUUGAAACAUCACCAAAAGAGGCUUAUUUAAAUAAAGAUGAACGUUGUGUGCUAGAUUGGCAUUUAGCUAAUUUAGAAUUUGCUAAUGCUACUGAAUUGCACAAUUUAUCAUUGCGUCAUUGGGAUCAAGACGAUUUGUUUGAAUUCAAUGGGGAACAUUGUGUUCUACAAGAUGGUUAUGGUUCAGUAACGGAUAGUUUAGCACAAUAUAUCACAUCAGGUCAAACAAUUGUCUCCCAUCAAUCAUUAUCGGCGUCAUCAAGACAACGUGAUCAUCAGACGUCUGUGGCGACAUCGUCUGCAGCUUCGACAACCACAACAACAACAGCUCAGAAUUCCAAUGCUUAUAAACUUGGUCCAUGUCAUAUCGAAUUGAAAAGUGCAGCUAAGCGUAUUUCCUAUUCCAACACAGGCGUACGUGUCGAUGUCUUGAAUACCGCAUUUAGUCAAGAUGACUUAAUUGAAUAUGAUGCCGAUGCUGUACUCUGUACUCUACCAUUAGGUAUAUUAAAAGAAAGUAUUCGACAACAACAGCCUGCCUUGAAUGCUACAAAUAAAUCAAAUAAUGUCUAUUUAACUAAAUUGAUUGCACCGUGUUUUGAACCUCCACUGCCUAAUUGGAAGGUUGCAGCUAUUCAACGUUUAGGUUAUGGUUUGUUAAAUAAGGUUGUUCUUAUCUUUGAAAAAUGUUUUUGGGAUCGUUCACAAAAUCUAUUUGGACAUGUGAAUAGUUCAACAAAGUCAAGAGGUGAAUUAUUUCUAUUCUGGUCAAUUACUGAUAAACCUGUUCUGAUCGCAUUAGUUGCUGGUCGGGCGGCAUGUGAUUUAGAAGGCAGUAAUGAAAGGCCUUCACCAACACGUCGAAUAUCACCAGGAUCUAAAGCAUUACACAAUUCAGCAGCAAGUGGAAGCUCAACCAGUGCUAAUGCUAACAGUAAUCAUUUAAUAGGUCGUGGAGUUAAAGAACCCAUUGUCAAUAGAGCUAUGCAAAUUCUACGCGGGAUUUUCGGUCAAGAAAAUACUGGCAACAACAAUGGUAAUAAUAAUAAUAAUAAUGGGAAUGGAAUAUAUGGGAAUUCAGAAAAGAAGAAAGUUGUUGUACCAAAUCCAAUUGAUGCCUAUGUCACUCGUUGGAAAGCUGAUCCUGAUUCCCGCGGAUCAUAUUCGUAUGUUGCAGUUGGAGCUAGUGGUGCUGAUUAUGAUAUACUUGGUGAACCAGUUUCUAUGCCAUCGUCAUCUCCAUCCACGACCGCCAACACCACCUCCUCUGAUGUGAUUGCUGAAAAACGACCAAGAAGUUCUGCUGAACAGUCACAACAUCAACAACACCAACAAGACGAUAAUAGUGGUCCCACUGCACGUAGUAUUCCACGUGUAUUUUUCGCCGGCGAACAUACGUGUCGAUGUUAUCCUGCCACUGUUCAUGGUGCUCUCCUGAGUGGUCUACGUGAAGCAGCUCGUAUAGCUAAUAACUAUUUUCCAGGUCCUACACCUAUACGUGUAUCAGGAUUUAAAUUGUUGAACAAUACAUAG